AUACACAGCUUAUGCUUAUUGCGGAUAUUUUCUUAUUUAAGAAAAUGCAGGGAAAUAACCACUCCCAUACCAAGAUGAGAGUCCUACUAGCAAUCCUGGUCUUGUUAGUUGCAAAUGCUUACAGCAAUGAAACAUCAACCUCGGGAAAAAACAAUUUUGAAAUGACCACAAAUAUAGAUGGAACUCUUGAACUCGCAAGUGAUAAAGUAACAGCUAAACAUAUGGACAGUAACGCAGCAGCUGAUGAACUGACAAUGAAUGCGACUGAAUAUCCGGCUGAAGCAACCACGGAGGAAGAGAUCAUCUACAUUAGAGUAACAGACUUUCCUGAGUACCAUCAAGCGAGAUUACUCUGGAAAGUUGGCUCCCCUAUCCUGCUUAUCAUCGGAUUGACAGGUAAUGUGCUGUCAAUUACGGUGCUCACUGCAACAAGAAUGAGAAAAACAACAUCUUCUUUCUAUCUUACUUUUCUGGCUGUUUGUGAUUGUCUAGUGUUGAUAUGUGGAUUGGGCCGUCAAUGGGGUAUAUACCAGUGGGGCAAAGACAUCCGUUACCUACAUCCAUGGGCAUGUAAGCUAAGCUUGUUCUUAACAUAUACAUUCAUUGACAUUUCCGCUUGGCUACUGGUUGCUGUAACAAUUGAUAGAGCUAUUACUGUCUAUAAACCACUCCACGCAAGGCGCAUCAGCACCAAGAAGAAUGCAUCAAUUGCUAUUACAAUCAUUGUUAUUCUCAUUAUUGGAAUAAACGCCCAACAGCUGUUCAACUAUGGUCCAGUUACAUUACCAUGGUAUGAUACCUUCUAUGUGGAUAAAUGCACCUAUAAAGAUAAUGAGAUUUUUCACCAAGAUGUCUGGCCUUGGAUUGAUUCCAUAGUGGCUUCGUACCUCCCUUUCUUGGUCCUGAUCAUGAGCAAUAUUCUCAUUGUUACUCAGUUGGUGCGGUCAUCUAACAUGCGCAAGAAAACAAUGAAUGUCAGUAAACAAGCUGGAGACAGUACUAAAUCUAUGUCUAUCAUGUUGGUCGUAAUCAGCAUCGUGUUCCUCCUGUUAACGUGUCCUGUUGUCAUCUAUUUGGCUAGCAGGAAUCUAUGGUAUGAUCGGUUUCCAGGUUCAGUUGCCAAGCAGAGGCUUGUCUGGGCAUGCCUCAAUAUGCUUCUUUACAGCAACUAUUGCAUCAAUUUCUUUAUGUAUUGCUUGAGCGGGCAGAGGUUCAGAACGGAGAUGAUGAUUUUGUUUCGUUGUAAAUCCAGAGUGAAGAAGGGGCAUCAGCAGACCAUCAGUGCGACAACUAGUAGCACAAUGACUUCUAGCACAUCUAUUGCAACAACUGCUUCAUCCGAGCCAAAACCAAAUAACAAACUGUAGAAAAAGCUAAAUUAGAAAAGUUUGGUACUCAGAAAGAAUUGUUUGGACUGCAAGUACUGAAAUAUACAGUCCUCUGGCUUACCAAAGUUACUAAAUAUACAGUCUUUUUGGCUUUAAAAAGGUUUGAGACAUUUACAGUCUCUUUGGCUUACAAAAAGUACUGAUUAUACAGUAUCUUUGGCUUACAAAAAGUACUGAAAUAUACAGUCUCUUUGGCUUACAAAAAGCACUGGAAUAUACAGUCUCCUUGGCUUACAAAAAAACCUGAAAUAUACAGUCUCUUUAGCUUACAAAGAGUACUGAAAUAUACAGUCUCUUAGGCUUAAAAAUUAAUUAUUAUAAAAUGAAUCAAUAAAUUGUUUAUAAAAUGUACUGGAUAUAUACAGUGUCUUUGGCUUACAAAUUGUACGAGAACAUAGUCUCUUUAAUUUUCAAAAAAAGAACUGGUAUAUACAGUCUUUGCCUGAAAUGUACAGCCUCUUGACUUAUGUUCUGUCACAGGGGUAUAGCCAGUCUUCAGUCAGGGGCUGCGAUCGCCAAAAAAUGUCGGUCUUUAGUCAAGGGGUAUGAUCGUGGAAUUAGCAACCCAAAAAGAUUAAGAUUUGUUUUAAAUUUUACAAAAAUUGAUGUAACUUCCUUCAAAAUUGAGCUGGAAGCUAUAAAUCAAAAGCAUUUUAAAGCUCUUUUCUUCCUCUAUCUAAUGGUUAUAUUUUCAUUGGUAAUUUGGGGGGGGGUGCGCAUCCCCUCCUGGCUACGCCUAUGUGUCAAAUACUGCUUGUAAUGUAUAUACAGUCUCUUUAAGAAUAAACAAUUAACUGAUCAAUCAUAAAACAAAAUGUAGAAGCUAGAUUGACAAGAAAGGGGCUAAAAUCUCUAGGAAUAGGACGUUGCAUCUGACAAAUGUAAAGUAAAACAUUUCACAAUUAUGUAUAAGUUGUAUAUGUCUCAAGACCACGUCAAAACAGAAAAUGCAAAAAUACUAGUUGUGUUGUAAUAUAUCUCAAUAUUGUUGUUAAUUACCUUGGUAAAAUUAAGAUUAAGUUCUAUGAAAGAGAUGGUCUUUCUGUAUCUAAUUUAUUAUUGUUAUUCAAAUUUGGAAAACAAAUGUUCUAUUUUCCCAAAAUGUACCAUUAAAGGAUAAAAUGUGUACCAUUAGCUGUUUCAAUUAGCUUUAAUAAAUGUGAAUGAAAAAAA